ACCGCCUGGAACACACAGUUCAGAGACAUGGCAGAGACGUGUGGCCAUCGCCCUCUCUUCGCCACCCAGGCGGCAAGGGGAAGAACUGCUUACAGGCUCUACGCCAGUUCCAUGCUCGUAGGUAUUUGCCUGGUUUUAAUCUACAGAGCGACUCACGCACCCGAAGCAGGAGAAAGCGGACGGUGGGCAUGGUUUGGGAUGCUCGCGGCGGAGCUCUGGUUCAGCUUCUACUGGAUUAUCACUCAGUCCGUGCGCUGGAACCCGGUCUACCGCACCACCUUCAAGGACAGGCUCUCGCAGUUGGACGAAGCGGAAUUGCCGUGCGUGGACAUCUUCGUGUGCACCGCCGACCCGGUCGCGGAGCCGCCGGCGAUGGUAGUCUCCACCGUGCUGUCCCUGAUGGCGUACGACUACCCGUCGGAGAAGCUGAGCGUGUACCUCUCCGACGACAGCGGGUCGGAGUUGACGUUCUACGCUAUUUGUGAGGCCGCGCAGUUCGCGAAGCGUUGGCUACCGUUCUGUCGGAGACACCGGGUAGAGCCGAGAUCGCCGGCGGCGUAUUUUGCAGGGUCUGCUGAGGCUUCUGACGACAAGGAACACUCGGAUAUGAAGAAUCUGUUCAGAGAAAUGGAAAGUCGAAUCGAAGCAGUAUCCAUUCUUGGAAAAGUACCUAAAGAACAAAAAACACACAAAGGAUUCUCGGAAUGGACCACAGACAUGACAUCCAAGAAUCAUCCACCUAUCGUUCAGAUUUUAAUUGAUAGCAGAGAGGAAACCUCAGUCGACAUCGAUGGAAUUGUGCUACCCACCCUGGUGUACAUGGCACGGGAGAAGAGACCGCAGCACCAUCACAAUUUCAAAGCCGGCGCCAUGAAUGCUCUGUUGAGGGUGUCCUCGGUGAUAAGCAACAGCCCGAUCAUCCUCAACGUAGACUGCGACAUGUAUUCAAACAAUUCGCAGUCGAUCCGAGACGCCCUCUGCUUCGUCAUGGAUGAAGAGCAAGGCCAUGAUGUUGCCUUUGUGCAAUUUCCUCAGGGCUAUGAAAAUACCACCGACAAUGACCUCUAUGCCAAUGCAUUCAAAGUCAUCAAUUACGUGGAACUAAGUGGGCUGGAUGACUUGGGAGGACCUCUGUACAUUGGAACUGGUUGCUUCCAUAGGAGAAAUACUCUCUGUGGAACAAAGUACAGUACGGGAUACAAGGAAGACUGGAAAAGAAUAACGAAGAUGGAGAAGAAAGAAAGUGUCUCGAUCCUGGAAGACACAGCAAAGUCGCUCGCCACUUGCAUCUAUGAAUUCAACACUCAAUGGGGCAAAGAGAUGGGAUUGAAGUAUGGAUGCGCGGUGGAGGACGUGAUCACAGGACUAAUAAUUCACUGCAGGGGUUGGCGAUCCGUCUACUUCAAUCCCGAGAGAAAAGGCUUCUUAGGAGCUUCACCCACGACAUUACUACAGACACUGGUGCAGCACAAAAGAUGGAGCGAGGGUAAUCUCCAAAUCGUCCUCUCCAAGUACUGUCCUCUGUUCUACGGCCAUGGCAAGCUCAAGCUCGGACAUCGAAUGGGCUACUGCAUCUACGGUCUGUGGGCUGCCAAUUCCAUCCCCACUCUGUUCUACCUCACAAUCCCGUCUCUGUUCCUCCUCAAAGGCGUCUCGUUGUUCCCGGAGCUAUCCAGUCCAUGGUUCGUUCCCUUCGCCUACGUCGCCGCGGCUAAAAAUGCGUUCAGUCUGGUGGAAUCCAUUGUCAGCGGCGAUACGUUGGUGGGGUGGUGGAACAUCCAGAGGAUGUGGAUGCUGAAGAGGACGACUUCGUACCUCUUCGCCACCAUCGAUAACAUGCUGGCGCUGGUGGGGGCUUCCAAGGCGGCGUUCGUGAUCACGGCGAAGGUGGCCGAGGCCGACGACAGUGCGAAGAGGUACGAGCGGGAGGUGAUGGAGUUCGGAACGACGGCAUCGGCGGGGGUGAUGUUUGUGAUAAUUGGAACGAUGGCGUUGAUCAAUCUGGCGUGCUUGGUGGUCGGAUUGCAGAGGGCAGUUGUGGAUCAGGCGUUUGGAGGGCUCUUGAUUCAGAAUGCGGUGUGUGGGUUGGUGGUGGCGUUGAAUCUGCCGAUCUACGAGGCGAUGUUCUUGAGGAAGGACAAGGGGAGGAUGUCAUCAUCAACCGUGUUCGCUUCUGCGGGAUUGUCUGUGUUAGCUUGUGUUCUUCCAGUGCUGUAGCUUUUUAAGUUAAGAUCCGGACAGACUUUAACAGGCAUUACAAAGUCUGAUUACCUUGAUACUACUCGACAUAAUUGUGCUCUAAAUUGAACGUACUAGGUAAUAAAUUGUUGUUUAAGUC